AUGCUGUUUUCGUCCUGGAUUAGUGCCCUGUUGUUUACGGGGUCGGUUCUCGCUUCUUUGCCUUAUGAUCCACAUGCAGAUGGUCCUGUUUCUUAUGAUCAUAUCGAUGGGGGCAACGGUGCUAGCGACUCUCCAAGUUUUGUAGAAGAUGAAACUUUGGCGGUUUUCCCUGUUGAUACAUCCUCGAAUGUUCAAGCAUUUACCUCUUGGUAUCUGAUAAAUCCCAUCGAAAAUGAACCGGAGUCGGCUUAUGCGAAAAUCUACUUAAAGCCAAAUGUAAAUGGAACGGUUCAUUUUCGAAGCAUUUUCUAUCCAGACUUAUUUCAAGCUUAUAAACACGCUAUUGACGGUUCAAAGGAUUUCGAAUUUAUAAAAAGUCUUGUUCCAAAAUCUAAUGAGAGUUUUCUUGAAUACUCUCUAAGCUCCGGAGUUACGAAAUCCUAUAGGCAACCUUUUCGUGAGCCCGGCAUACAUUUAUUUGUUGGGUACCAAGAGCUUCCAGAAGAUACUGAAUCCUUCUUACAAGGAGAAUCAGUACGGACCAAGUCUCAAGAUGAGUAUGACCCGAUCAUGCAUGUUCGUUACAGAUCCGGUGAUUUACAAGAUUCUACACCUUUUUAUCGUAGCUUCGUCUUUUUGUCAGUGAUUUCCAGUUGUAUAGGUUUAUAUUGGCUCAUCCACUUGUUUCGUAACCCCCAAAAGAUUACCUUUACUCACUGUCUGUUGCUCGGUUGGUAUAUUGCAUUUCUAUUCAACCACCCUAUAAAGCAAUCAUUAUUUUCAAACAAGGAUUUUUACGAAACACACGGUAAUUUUGCUCUGUUUUCGAUGUUCUUUAGUUACAGUUUUGGUAACGGAAUUGAACGUUCUUUAUUUAAUUCGUUUAUUUUGGCAUUUGCACUUGGCAUGGGUUACGUCCGACAUAGUUCAAAAAAACUGAUUUCUUUGGUCACACUAGUGGGUUGGACUCAAUUGGCAUUUAUCACUAUUGCGCCUUUUAUUUUCCCUGUUCUCUUCAUUGUUGGUUCCCCUAAAGCAAAGUAUUUGCAAGCGGCAUGGAUGCUUUUCAACUUUGGUUAUAUUCCUUCGGUAAUGUUCAUCGGACAAUUCCUAGCUUGCAGAAAGGGUCUUACAUUGGUUGAAGCUAAAAGCACGAAUUUUGCUAUGUUCGUAGUGUUUACUGUUAUCUCAACCCUUGUGAGCAUAAUAAUUUUUGUGAACAGCACAGCAUCUUUUGAAAUUUUACCUGAGGUUAUGAAAAUCCUUAUUGGUGUUAUGUUCUUUUGUGUUGUCGCGAUUAAUUUGAAUAGACGUGAGAAAGUGUUGAAAGAUGGCAACUCUAGCAAUCUGCAAGAGCCUUUACCAUCAUAUAAAGAUGACCCUGAAACGGACUUGCCUGCUGCUGAUAAAAAGCUUCCAGUUGUCUAA